UUUCCCCGGCCUGGGGACGUUUGGAAUCUUGAUCUCCUCUUAACCAUCACCGGGGGAAAUUGCUGGAGUGAGACCCCUCCUUGACCCUCUUGGCCAAGCUGUGGGCUGGCGGGGCACGCUUGGGCGGGUGUCUCGGGCCACAACCAUUAGGACUCCAGCCUCGCACGGGAGGGGGCGCGGCCGUGACUCACCCCUUUCCCCCUUCACUCCCUCCCUCCCUCCCUUCCUCCCUCCCUCCCAGACAGACACCCUCCCCUGCCGUCCGGCUCCCGGACUCCGACUACGGCUCCGGUUGCAGUUUGCAGCCUCCGCUGCCGCCGCGGCCACCUAUUCGCUGGCUGUUCAGGUGGCUGUCGCCUGGAUGUCCUCCUAAUCUUGGGGGCCCCGGGCCAGACUCGGCUGGGCUCCCUUCACCCUCCGCUGGAAUCAUGAGUGCGAUUGGGACUCUGCAGGUGCUGGGCUUCCUUCUCAGCCUGGCCCGGGGUUCCGAGAUGGGUAAUUCUCAGGCAGUAUGUCCUGGGACUCUAAACGGGCUGAGUGUGACCGGUGAUGCUGACAACCAGUACCAGACCCUGUACAAACUCUAUGAGAAGUGUGAGGUGGUCAUGGGUAACCUGGAGAUUGUGCUUACGGGACACAAUGCUGAUCUUUCCUUCCUGCAAUGGAUACGAGAAGUGACAGGCUAUGUCCUGGUGGCCAUGAAUGAAUUCUCUGUACUGCCCUUACCUAACCUCCGAGUGGUCCGGGGAACCCAGGUCUACGAUGGGAAGUUCGCCAUCUUUGUCAUGUUGAACUACAACACCAACUCCAGCCAUGCUCUGCGCCAGCUCCGGUUCACUCAGCUUACUGAGAUUCUGUUAGGGGGCGUUUACAUUGAGAAGAAUGACAAACUUUGCCACAUGGAUACAAUUGACUGGAGGGACAUCGUGAGGGUUCCAGAUGCUGAAAUAGUGGUGAAGAACAACGGGGGGAACUGUCCACCCUGUCACGAGGUCUGCAAGGGGCGAUGCUGGGGGCCUGGACCAGAAGACUGCCAGAUAUUGACCAAGACCAUCUGUGCCCCUCAGUGUAACGGUCGCUGCUUCGGGCCCAAUCCUAACCAGUGCUGCCACGAUGAAUGUGCAGGUGGCUGCUCUGGACCCCAGGACACAGAUUGCUUUGCCUGCCGACACUUCAAUGACAGUGGGGCCUGUGUGCCCAGGUGUCCAGCGCCCCUUGUGUACAACAAGCUAACGUUCCAGCUUGAGCCCAACCCCCAUAUCAAGUAUCAGUACGGAGGAGUCUGUGUUGCCAGUUGUCCCCAUAACUUUGUGGUGGAUCAGACAUUUUGUGUCAGGGCUUGUCCUGCUGACAAGAUGGAAGUAGAUAAGAAUGGACUCAAGAUGUGUGAGCCUUGCAGAGGGCUGUGCCCAAAAGCCUGUGAGGGGACGGGCUCUGGAAGCCGCUACCAGACCGUGGACUCUAGCAAUAUCGAUGGGUUCGUGAACUGUACCAAGAUCCUGGGCAACCUGGACUUCCUCAUCACUGGCCUCAAUGGUGACCCCUGGCACAAGAUCCCUGCACUGGACCCGGAAAAGCUCAAUGUUUUCAGGACAGUCCGGGAGAUUACAGGCUACCUAAACAUCCAGUCCUGGCCCCCUCACAUGCACAACUUCAGUGUUUUUUCCAAUCUGACGACCAUCGGGGGCAGAAGCCUCUACAACCGGGGCUUCUCCUUGUUGAUCAUGAAGAACUUGAAUGUCACGUCUCUGGGCUUCCGGUCCCUGAAGGAAAUUAGUGCUGGGCGUGUCUACAUAAGUGCCAAUCAGCAACUUUGUUACCACCACUCUCUGAACUGGACCAGACUGCUGAGGGGGCCCGCAGAGGAGAGACUUGACAUCAAGUACAACCGGCCUCUGGGAGAAUGCGUGGCAGAGGGCAAAGUGUGUGAUCCACUGUGCUCCUCUGGGGGAUGCUGGGGCCCAGGCCCUGGUCAGUGCUUGUCUUGUCGAAACUACAGCCGGGAAGGUGUCUGUGUGACUCACUGCAAUGUUCUGCAAGGGGAACCCCGAGAGUUUGUUCAUGAGGCUCAUUGCUUCUCCUGCCAUCCAGAAUGCCAGCCCAUGGAGGGCACCAGCACGUGCAAUGGCUCGGGCUCCGACGCUUGUGCUCGAUGCGCCCAUUUUCGUGAUGGGCCCCACUGUGUGAACAGCUGCCCCCAUGGAAUCCUAGGUGCCAAAGGUCCAAUCUACAAAUAUCCAGAUGCUCAGAAUGAGUGCCGGCCCUGCCACGAGAACUGCACCCAAGGGUGUAAGGGACCAGAACUACAAGACUGUUUAGGCCAAGCAGAGGUAUUGAUGAGCAAACCACACCUGGUCAUAGCGGUGACAGUAGGACUGGCUGUGAUCUUCCUGAUUCUGGGAUGCUCUUUUCUCUAUUGGCGUGGACGCAGGAUUCAGAAUAAAAGGGCUAUGAGACGCUACUUGGAGCGGGGUGAGAGCAUCGAGCCUCUGGACCCAAGCGAGAAGGCAAACAAAGUCUUGGCUAGAAUCUUCAAAGAGACAGAGCUGAGGAAACUUAAGGUGCUUGGCUCUGGUGUCUUUGGAACUGUACACAAGGGGAUUUGGAUUCCCGAGGGUGAAUCCAUCAAGAUUCCAGUCUGCAUUAAAGUCAUCGAGGACAAGAGUGGGCGGCAGAGUUUUCAGGCUGUGACUGAUCACAUGCUGGCCGUCGGCAGCCUGGACCAUGCCCACAUUGUACGGCUGCUGGGACUGUGCCCAGGGUCAUCUCUGCAGCUUGUCACUCAGUACUUGCCUCUGGGCUCUCUCCUUGAUCACGUAAGACAGCACCGUGAGACACUGGGACCACAACUGCUGCUCAACUGGGGAGUACAAAUUGCCAAGGGUAUGUAUUACCUGGAGGAACACAGCAUGGUGCAUAGGGACCUCGCGCUCAGGAAUGUGAUGCUCAAGUCACCGAGUCAGGUCCAGGUGGCAGAUUUUGGUGUGGCUGACCUGCUGCCGCCAGAUGACAAGCAGUUACUACACAGUGAGGCCAAGACGCCAAUUAAAUGGAUGGCCCUUGAGAGUAUCCACUUUGGGAAAUACACACACCAGAGUGAUGUCUGGAGUUACGGUGUAACCGUUUGGGAGUUGAUGACCUUCGGGGCAGAGCCCUACGCAGGGCUACGACUGGCUGAAAUACCAGACCUACUGGAGAAGGGAGAGCGGUUAGCACAACCCCAGAUCUGCACCAUUGACGUCUACAUGGUCAUGGUCAAGUGUUGGAUGAUUGAUGAGAACAUUCGCCCAACCUUUAAAGAACUGGCCAAUGAGUUUACCAGGAUGGCCCGGGACCCACCAAGGUAUCUGGUCAUCAAGAGAGCGAGUGGGCCUGGAAUACCUCCUGCGGCAGAGCCCUCUGCUCUGAGCACCAAAGAGUUGCAGGAUGCAGAGCUGGAGCCAGACCUGGACCUCGACCUAGACGUGGAGGUAGAAGAGGAGGGCCUGGCGACCACACUGGGUUCUGCCCUCAGCUUGCCUACAGGAACGCUUACCCGGCCACGUGGGAGCCAGAGUCUUUUAAGUCCUUCAUCUGGAUACAUGCCCAUGAACCAGAGCAACCUCGGGGAGGCUUGUCUGGAUUCUGCGGCUUUGGGGGGUCGCGAACAGUUCUCCCGUCCCAUCUCUCUGCACCCGAUCCCACGGGGGCGUCUAACGUCAGAGUCAUCAGAGGGCCAUGUGACGGGCUCUGAGGCUGAACUCCAAGAGAGAGUAUCAGUGUGUAGGAGCCGAAGCCGGAGCCGGAGCCCACGGCCACGUGGGGACAGUGCCUACCAUUCGCAGCGACACAGCCUGCUUACUCCCGUCACCCCGCUCUCCCCACCAGGGUUAGAGGAAGAGGAUGGCAAUGGUUAUGUCAUGCCAGAUACGCACCUCAGAGGCACAUCCUCUUCCCGGGAAGGCACCCUUUCGUCAGUAGGUCUCAGUUCUGUGCUGGGUACCGAAGAGGAAGAUGAGGAUGAGGAGUAUGAAUACAUGAACCGGAAGAGGAGGGGUAGCCCGGCUCGGCCCCCCAGGCCUGGUUCCCUGGAAGAGCUGGGCUAUGAGUACAUGGAUGUGGGUUCAGACCUCAGUGCUUCUCUGGGCAGUACGCAGAGUUGCCCACUUCAUCCCAUGGCCAUCGUGCCCUCUGCUGGCACGACUCCAGAUGAGGACUAUGAAUACAUGAACCGCAGGCGUGGUGCAGGCGGUUCCGGAGGGGAUUACGCAGCUAUGGGGGCCUGCCCAGCAGCUGAACAAGGGUAUGAGGAGAUGCGAGCUUUCCAGGGGCCUGGACAUCAAGCCCCCCAUGUUCGUUAUGCCCGCCUCAAAACUCUGCGUAGUUUAGAAGCCACUGACUCCGCCUUUGACAACCCCGAUUACUGGCAUAGCAGGCUUUUCCCUAAGGCUAACGCCCAGAGAAUUUAACCUCGGCUCCUUGAGACUCUUGGGGAACAUUUGAUGGCAGCUAGUGCCUCUUUGAGGGUAGCCCUUCCUCACCCCUCUCUCUGCGGUCCCACCUCCAUUUCUCCAACAAUGCCAUCUAGUUCUUGGAGAUUUGUCAACAUAUCCUCACAAACUUUUUGCGAUACAUAGCCGGCUGUGCACUCUCUUCUCUUCCCAAGCUUAGGAAAGAGAAGUUUCCCUGUGUAACUCCCUCCCCAAUCCCGUUCCUCAGGGAGACUCCCUGGAGAUAUGAAGGAUUACUCUCCAGACCCUUUCUCUCAGGCUCUUACUCAUUGGGAUUAGACUCUUAAACUUUGCCUUUCUUCCCCAUCAGACUCUAAAGAAGGGGAGAUGAAAGAGAAAAGUAAGACUUUUGUUUAUGAGACUUUUAAUCCCAGAGGAAGAUUGAGAAGCUCAGAGCUUUGAGGAGUGAAGUUAGGAGUAGGUACCAGUGACUACGAACUGAACAUGUACUGUGAGCCAGGCAUCCUCACACUGAGCCCCGCCUACAUUGUCUCAGUUAUAAUCUUUCCAGUUUUGUGAGGUAGAACUGAUCCUGUUUCACCAAUAUGGAAUCUUUCUGAGUGUUCCAAGAUAGCCAACAGGUCCCGGAAUCUUUGAAUAGUACUGAAUCCAGUAGGAUUUUUUUUUCUUUUAAUAUUUUUAAUAUUUUUUUAAAUAUUCAGUAUACAAAACUGAAUUCUAUGAUUAUUGACUUUUCCAUCUUAACUAAGAACUUAUUGUUCUUUUUAGUUUGAGAUGUCACAGCAGAGGUUGUACUGAUUUUUCUAUUUUUCUAAUUUAAUGGAUUUGUUACUAUAGACAUUACAACACCACCCCUCCCCCCACGUGAAGUCAAGAACUUCCACCUUUUCUCAAACAAAAAAACAUUUCUUUGACACGUUUGAAUUAAUAGCAUGACUUGCCCUUUGGGCCCAUUUUUAGGUAAAAUGAGGGUCUUUGAGCACAAGUACUAUGAUAUCUGUCAGUCAAUCUAAUAACCAGGCAGGUAAUAAAGUUGGCUCAAGAGCAAAUAGGUUAUUCAGUGUGGGUGCACCAGGCAGAGAUGAUUCAUCUACCAAGUGGAACAGGAGAGGCCGGCUGUGAUUUCAUCGUGCUACUCAGAAUGGGUACUAUGUAAACUGUAGGGAUUAUUUAUUUCAGGAACUCGUCACUCAGCAUGUUCAGAUGACAGUUGGUCACAGGUUACUAAAACUGUGGACAGCAAAACCUCAGAAAAUGGGGGAUUGAGCCUUGAAGAAGCAAAGCCACAAGUCCAGGAUUCGAAAUCCUCCCAAUUCCUAUGCCUGUGAUUUUACUAUAAAGUGUGUGUAAAACCGGGUCUGGCGACUGGCCUGCAACUGUGUAGCCCAGGAGGGCCUUGAACUCCACACACAGCAAUCCCAUCUUCACCUCUCAAAGGCUUUGGCUACAUGUGUGAGCUACCAGACUCCGUUUGUUGGUGCACUGAAUCAAGCAAAUGCCGCCAGCCCAGCCACGUUUUCCUCCGGCACCCAGGCCUCUCAUCUCAGGAAGGAGUGGAGAUGACACAGGACAAGUAACUAGACAUUUUUGUGUAAGCUGUAGGCCAUUGUUGCAGAUACACACUCAUUACAAGCCAAUUCGCAAAGGUUCCAAGACUCCUAUUUUGUGAGCUCUUCUCAACCAAUAAUGAUAAACUUCUGGUGGGAUAGAAAGAGGAUCCAUCUUCAGACCUCAAGUCUUCCUGGAUGGGAACUGGGGGGAAUGUCUUCUUGUACCAUUAAAGAUUUUGUUUUGUUUUGUUUUUAUACGUGUCUAAAUAAAAAUGUCAGAGUUUUUUU